UAGCUUUACAAAGAACAAACAGCCCAUCAUCGAUCAGUACUCCGCCUAUGAAGUCGCACCAGGACAGUUUGUCAACGGAGACCUCACUCAGGGAGAAAACAUUGCUGAUAUUGGCGGCUUGAAGUGUGCAUACAGGGCGUUGCAAACAGCCCUGGAGAAGCAUCCCGAGUAUAACACGGAAAUCGAUGGCUUAACACCGUCGCAGCGCUUCUUCAUUGCGUGGGGACAGUUCUGGCGAACGAAGUCCAGGCCUGACCGGAUAACGCAGCUGUUAGCGAUUGACCCACACUCGCCCGGUCAAGCACGAGCAACGGAGGCUCCGAGGAAUCUGCAGGCCUUCUUGGAUGCAUUUGGUAUCACAGAGGGAGACAAGAUGUACAUGUCUCCAGAAACCCGUGGUAAGGUUUGGUGAGAGCGGCAAUCAAAAGUAUACCGGGCAUCGACGUGCGAUGAAUAAUAAACCAUUUAGUCGAGGGUUUAAUCACCCCUUAAAUACCAUCGAAUUCGCGUUUUGGAUCGGUUGUGACCGAGAGAGAAAUUAUCAAUGACUGGCGUGGCAGCAAAGUACCUUUACCAACAACAAUGAAACAGUGGCCCAAAAAGACGAGUUACUUCCCACUAUGGAUUAAAUGAUCCAAUUUCUCAU